AUGGCCACCAGUAAUGAUCCAUCCCUUCAAUCGGGCCCUCUGUCGCGAGCAUGCCAGCUUCAGAUCCAGGAAGAAAAAUUCAGUUUCACGCCCAUCAAGGCGCCCGCCGCCCCUCGUCUAUGGGACCGCAAACCGUCGAACUCGUUCCUUGGGCGUUCGAAGUCGCGCAAGGUCUGGAAGCGCUUCCGUUCCUCCUUUAACAGCAUGAAAGCUUUACAACGUCUUGUCGCUGCAUCGCACGAGGACGUCGAUGAAGAUCUCUUCGCCGAAAUCAACGUGUCCAGGAAUCUGGGGUUUAUCCGCGGUGUCAAGCGACGAUGCUUUGGGCUGGACGAUCCUGAGAGUCAAUCGGACAGUACGGUUCUACGAGGACGUUCGUUCCUGGAGACAAAAUGGGAGUCUGAAGCGACUGGGAGAAGACGGAAACUGCCCUCGAACCAUGCCGACUUAACUGAUCUUCAAGCGGAGCCCAUGGAUACGGAUGAAGAGGGGGAGGAAGGUCAUCGUUUGGCUGACGAGGAUGAAUCACGGGACGCGGCCACGUCAAUCGCCGAACAGGACACGGACGCAUCCUUUGACUCGACCCCAGACACAUCGACCGACUCGGUUCUUUUACCAGCGAAUCUCCGCACGCUACAUGGCAAGUCCCUCAGUUUAGAUGAUUGCGCUGGAAACAACUACGGUUUUGAGAUAAAAGCCACCGGCGAGGUCGCUCAACCUGACUCUGAACUGGACACCAGUGUAGCCAGUCUUGAUAGCGUAACCGAUAUUCCCUCAGAUGCAGCCCUGAAUACAUAUAUGACGGAUGAUCGACAUGAUCCGUCAGUCCAGACCGCAGACUUUACAAUCCCAGCAGAAGUCACAUCUGGGCAGAGUCUAAGUGCGCAACAAGAGUCCACUCUGGUACGUUCGGCACUACGCAGCUCGAUGGAUGGGGAGGACGCCGAGUUGCUCAAUAACUUCUUGUCCAAGGCCAAGGCAGCUCGCGCCGCCAAAGCUGCAGCCAUGACUGUGCAGGAUGCAGCGGCAGAAAAAGCCUGCCAGGAAGUGAGUGACGGACCAACCCCGCAGGCUCGACGGGUGCUGGAAGAGCUGGACGCCAAUUCUCCCUCGCCAUCGAAAGUCCAGCUGUAUCCCGUGAAAGCGUCUGAUCCUGCAGAUGGCCCUGUUUGGGAUGAUCAAGCACGAAAAAACGAUGAUGCCGAAGAGGACAAAAAUCAAGCGGCCAGCCCAGUUCGUCGAAGCUCGAGGAACCGUGCUGCCAAAGUUCCACCCCAGACAACUACGCCCACUCUUCGUACCCUGACUCUUCGUCGCGCUAAGGGCACAGAAUUCGUUUUCCUCCAGCGCACGGAAGCCCAGGAGCUUGCGCUGGCGACGCGCCGAAACACCCGUCACAACAAGGGGGAUGCGGUCAUGCCGAAAUACGUGCUUCAGGCCUUGGGCGAACGAUCGCAGAACACCAACCUCGAUGUCGAUGAUGGCAAGGCUGCACGAGACCCUGGUCGGAAGCGUACAGGCGCCAAGAAAUACGUGACUUGGAACGAGGAGCGUCUUGUGCAGUAUCAAGGGGAGAACAACCGUGAGGGAGGGGAGCGGAAGCGCAAUGACGUCGCUGAUGCUGGAGUCGAAGCGGCAGUGAAUGGCACCGAUAAGAAAAAAGCAGCCAGUAGUCGCAGCACCCGGUCUCAGACAUCUGUGAAGACUGGUGGUGAUGAAGAAGUGGCUGCAUCAACUACUGCACCUGCUACUGCAGCUCCCAAGGCGCGGCGUGUGCGGCGGCUAGGAGGGUCAAAAAGUAAUUCCAGUCCUAUCGCAGCCACAGGCACGAAGAGAGCGUCGCUUCUCCCGACUCCCAGCACUGGCAGCAGUGUUGGCAAGCGGAAGAAAUUGAUCCCCAAGGCGCCCAGCGUUGUUGUGACGGGUAGUCCUGUUUCGAAGAAGAUGCUACCCUGCUCCACCAGCGAGGAUAGGAGCUCGUCAGACUCUACCAGUGGUAGCGCUUCGCGAAUAAAAUCCAAGAACAUUCUCAAGGCACAUGCUGGAUCGACGCCGAUGCCGAGACGUAUCCGUCCCCGCCCUUGA